GCCGCCUGCAGGCUAGGAGGGACAGUGUCGGGCUAAUAGUGUCGAAGGUGGCUGAGGCAUUAUUGCUGUCUCCAAGCAACCGGUAAAGAAGUCGGGAGGGCGUUAGGAAAUCGGCAGUUUUUAUGGAUCAGGAGGUGGAUAAGCGGCGAGCGGCCGGUAGUUCGGGCUCGGAACUAGUGAUCGGGCCUGACGAAGGGGGCGGGAGCCCGGGCUCGGGGCCAUCGGUCGGGCCUGCCGGAGGGAGCAGGAGCCCGGGCUCGGAGAUGGAGCCAGUGCAGAGCUUGGUGAUGCAAGAGAGUGCACAGGAGCUGGCAGCGUCUCUGGGAGCUGAUCCCUGUCCGGAGGUCAAGAAACUUGAUGAGAGCAUUGAAGAAAUGUUAAUCAGACUGGAUGAAUUUUGUGCAAUGCUUGAGAUGAUUCGAAGUGAUUCAUCACAAAUUCUGGAUGAAAAUGUUCCUAAACUAAAGGUCAAGGCAUUGGAAAUGAAGAACGUGUAUGCAAAGAUUGACAAGAUGGAGACUUUUGUGAAGAUGGUUGGACAGAACGCAGCUACACUUGAGCAACAGGUGAUCCAGGCAGAAAAGGACUGUGGAAACUUGCCUUAUGCUGUUCGUAGAUUUCUACAUUCAAUUAGUGCACCUUCAUUUCUAAAUAAGAAAUGCAGCUCACCCAAACAAGAGAACACAAUGUAUGAGCUACCCAGACUGUACAGAACUGAGGUUUAUUUUCCAAAGAGUUCUAAUGGGACUUACUUCAGCAAACCAAAAACUUGAUUGCAGUCACGCUUCCCACAAGCUAGGACACUAUUCAUUAAAAAUAUGCCAUUUGCAUUUGCACAAAGAACAAAACUGAGAACAUUACUGCAAGUCUUCUACAGUUUGUUUCAUCAUCUAGUUCAGUAUGGAUGAAAGGUGGUAUGUGUGCUUUUACGUUUAUGGAGAUAUUUUCCAUGAAACAUAACAUUACUAAGAGAAAUACAUUUAAAUACUUUAAUAUUCAAUUUUUGGCAUACUCUAGUACCGAAAGGUUUCAAAACAUGUAUUCAGCAGUUGGCACCAUCUGCCAAUACUGUAUAUUAUCCAGAAUCUUAGUCAGAUACCAUAAUACAUAUCCAAGUCACAGAUCAAUAAGGCUGGGACUUUAGAUGUCUGGGUGUGUUUUCCCCACUUGUGCCCAGCUACCAUAUAAUAGUGGGUGGGCCAUUAAGUAAUUCAAGUAGAGACUUCCAUCUUCAGCUGGAUGGAAGUUCUACUGUGAGUACUUCAGGUAGGUCAAGUGGCUGACAACUCUCUGGUCGCAGCACUGCUGCCUCAGCACCAGGGACCUGGGUUCAGGUUCCAACUCAGGAGUCUGUGCAGACUUUGCACAUUCUCCUACGUCUGCGUGGAUUUCCUCUGGGUGCUCCGGCUUCCUCCCACAGUCCAAAGAUGUGCAGGCUCAGUGGACUAGCCAUGUUAAAUUGUCCCAUAGUCUCCAGGGAUGUGUAGGCUAGGUGGGUUAUAGGGGAUGGGUCUGAGUGUGAGCUUUAAGAGUCGGUGUGGACUUGUUGGGCCGAAGGGACUGUUUCCACAGUCUAUGAUUCCAUCUGAGAUCAACAGCUGAAACUUCAACCAGUCAGUGCUGGAGCUGCAGUUAAGUAGGGAAGGUAUUGCUAAUGAAAUGUGAGAAAAGCAGGGGUGAAAUGGCACCGAGGAACCAGAAAGUGAUUGUGUGGAUGGGUGGGGGCAGUGGAAUGCAGCAAUGGACAUGGGGACCUGUAAAUGUGAUACCCAACUGCCAGCUGUCCCUUGCUCACAGACACGAGAAGUGAAAGUUUCUGGGCCUUUCACUUGGCAUGAGUCUCUGACUGCCACAGAAAAACUUAUGGCUAGCGCAGGGGUUUCCGCUCGAAUCACCACAGCAGGAGAGGUACUCAAUUUUAUACCCUCUGCCUGUCUCCAAUCCACUCAGGUGGGAGCACAGAAUUUAGGCAGAGGCUUAAUAAUGGUGUUUCUUUUGUCUUUUAACUUCCUAAAUAGCGCAAGGAACACAGAUUAAAUUAGUAUACAAUGAAUCUGCAAGGGCAUAUUUGAAUUCAAAAAUAAAAUCUAAAUGUGUUCUUCUCAAUUGUGUGAAAGGAAGUACCUUGAAAAUCAAGUAUUCAUAGAUAUGUAAACCCAAUUUAAGCUUGAAACAUUCUGCAAAACCCUUAAUAAAGUACCUCUAUUUCAAAUUCCUGAUGUACCCAUAACACUUCAGUUUAUAACCUUGAUUUGAGAAUAAAAUAAUUAAUCAAUAUGGAUGAACAAUGUAGCACAAGAAAACUGCCUGCCAUGAAGAGAAGAUUUGUAAUUUUGCUUUCCAGUAAAAUUCUCAAAUCUAAUGUCUUGUUUUUUCCCAAAAAACUUGUUCACUGUCAUGGGAUAUGAAGCUGAAUCACCCCAACAACUGUGUUAAAACCAAAAUGGGAAUAUGAUAGAGGAAAAGAAAAUCAAAGUUUUUUAAAAAAUGAAGUACUGUACAGAGAGAAAACGUGUUAAGACUGUCAUGGAGUUAAGAUGUAGAUGGCUACACAGGUUGUCCAGACUUUGCUCAUACUGAUACUCAGACAAUUCACGUCCAACUAUUUCAGCAAAUAUGUCAGAAAAAUAAAAUAACUUCUUUCCCUUUUUUCCAUAAUGGUUUGUAUUGUCCAACAGAAGCAAUAUGUUUGCUCCAAAUUUUCAAAUGAUUGAAUUGUAAUAAAAAGAACAGCUGACUUACAUCAUUACAAUGAUGGACAAGAAAUAUCUGUUUAAAAUACACUUCCUGUCAACUAACGAUUACAAUUCUCAGUGAUGCAGUAGCAUUAAAAAACCCUUCUGUCUAUCAAGUUUUGCAGCCAUGAGCAGAAAUUUGGCAAGUUACAAUACAAUUGACAGACGUGCAAACUCCACUGAAACUACAAUGGAAAUGCUUUCAAAGGUUAGGUAAGUAUAUUUGGUACAAGAGGUGAAUAAUGAAUACAUUUUUAAUGAACAGAUUUACAUUCGAAAAAUAAAGCUAUGCUCCAAUUUUGCGUAAAUUAAUCUAGAAUCAAACUUCAUUUAUCAGCUGCUGUCAGGGAUGUAGGGUAUCCGGCCCAUGGAAAAUCUGUCUGUUUUAGCCAACAUGAUCAAAUUUGACUCCAACUACUUUAGAGACAAUGUCACAAAAUGUACCAUUUAAAAACUGACAAGUUGCUCAAGAUUUUCACUUGAGAUUCACACAGUUGCAAUAAUUUAUUUUCUAUGCAGUAUGUAUAAAAUGUUGGCAGCGAUAUACUUAAGAAAAAUGUAGUUUAUUAUUUCACAUAGUUUUGCAGAGCAAACAUAUUUUGUACUGAAAGGUUUCACAUCAUUGUUCAGUAUAAGUGACCUUGUCAUCUAUGCAAGCCAACCCUUCCAUAAUGCUAAUAAUUGGCAGAAUACUUGUUUAUUUGUAUAGAAUACAAAAUAACACAGCCAAAAUUGAAAUAGACAUAUAUUGAGCAUUACUACUUGUAGUACCAGGAUACAACUACCAGAUAUUCAGCAUGGGAAAACUGCUGGACUUCGUAUUGAAAUUGGGUAUUGCAUAUUACUUAAAAGGUGAUUACGUAAAUCAAUGAAUUUCAGUAGCUAAAAAUGCCUAUGUUGCUAAUUUCAUUUCUGACAAAUGUGUAGA